AUGAAGGGAUCCCACAUUUUCCUCUUUUCUGCUAUGUGCUGGUUGAUGCUAGCGCACGGGAACAAAAUCUUCCGCUUUGGACCUUGCCGGAUUUCAAUGAGCAUGAAUGAAAUUAGGGCUGGUUUUGCAGCAAUUAAAGCCAACAUUGUAAGUAUUGCCGGGGGCUCCGGUGGGGUGGGAAAGCCCUUCCUGAGCGGCUCCGGGGACCAUCCCGCUCUCACCACUGCUUCUCUGCCUGCACAGCAAAGCAGAGACCCCAUCCGCACCGUGAGCAUCCUGUCCCAUCCGCACUCCCUGCACAGGAUUAAGUCUUCAGAAAAAUGUUGCAUCAUCCAUCACCUCUUCAACUUCUAUGUGGACAAGGUCUUCAAAUACUGCACGACUGAGGAUUCUUACGUCAACCGAAAGAUCAGCAGCAUCGCCAACUCUUUCCUCAGCAUCAAGAGGAACCUCGCGCAGUGCCAUAACCAAAACAUGUGCAAGUGUGGCCAGGAGUCCACAGAGAAAUUCAAGCAAAUACUCGCCAACUACAAAGGGCUGAAUGUCACAUCGGCAGCAAUGAAAUCCUUAGGCGAGCUGGAUAUCCUGCUAGACUGGAUGGAGAAGUCUCGUUAG